AUAAGGGGUACCACACAGAUAGAAACUUUUUACAAUCUCUAUAAGAAAGGCACAUAUGGAGUAUAUUUUAUGAAUUAAAAAAUGUCUUUUAUGAGAAUCUAUUCGAUCCUUAUCUUUGAAGGGAAAGCAUUUUCAUAGCCUUUAGGGGAAGGGAAGCAGAGAGCUUUGGUGAUUUAAUUUUCAAGACAUCAAAUAGUGGAAAGCAGAGAAAUAUCCAAACCAACUCAAUCCCAGGGCUACAUUUUGCUAAUCUGUGGUCUAGGGGAGAACUUCAUUUUUCAAAAUCUUGUAGUAGUGAUUGAACUAAUUGUUGAAAAUUUUGAAGAAUAGAAAGCAUUCUGCAUGCACAUAUGAAAACAUGGUGUUCAGCUUUUAAGUGAGGCAACAUAUAUAUAUAUAUUUAAUCCCAGAUUUCAUCUCAGUGAGAAGAUAAUGGGGGGAGAAGAUGCAAUUAGAACUGUAGAAUGCCUUAGAGGGAGAUUACAAGCAGAAAGAGUUGCUUCAAGAAAUGCUAAAGAAGAUGCUUAUCUAAUGGAAACCAAGUUAAUUGAACUGGAGGCUAAGUUGAAAGAAGAGAAUAAAUCGAGAAACCGAGCCGAAAAGAGGUUUAAGCACCUAAUGAAGAAGCUUGAGUCAAUCAACAUAUCAUUAACAUCAUCAUCAGAUGAAUCAGAGAAUUGGAGUUUGACAGUGGGCAGUGAAGAUUCCUCUGUAUCAAACACAGCCUGUUCUAGCUCAAAAGUAUCAGAAGAUAUGACGCUCAAAUUCGAGGCGGUAUCAUCUUCCACGGAUGAUUCUCAAGAAGCAAUUGAUAAUUCUAAAGCAGAAAAUGAGAGUUUAAGCUCAUCAGGUGAAGAAGACACUGGGAAAUCAGUUGAACAUGGAUUAAUUGAAAAGAAGGAUCUUCCCAUGAGGGAUGUCAAUAGCUUGGAAAUUGCAUUUGAAGAGAGUGAGAUGAAUGGAUCAGAUAGAGAAGUGAGCACUGAUAACUCAUUGGCCUUGGUGCCUGUUUGUUUACCAAAUCCAAAGCAAACAUUUGAUAUAGCUGUGGUUGAUCCAACUGUAAGAGAUGUUCUUGAUUCUCUGAGGCAUGCUAAAGAAAAACUUCAAAACAUGUUGGAGAGACAACUCAUGCUUUAGAGCCGGGUAGAUACUAAGAACAUAGCGUAUAUACAAAAGAAGAGAGCAAGAGGAAGCGAGCUGAUCACCGACUCACUCUCCCUUAUGGAAGAUCCAAAGGAGUGAGUUUGAUCCCAUUUUACUCCAGCCCCCAGCCCCCUCUCCCCGACCCCCUAGGGUAAAAAUAAAAUAAAAGAAAAAGAACAGAAGAGAGCAAAAAUCCAUAUCUCAUUGGUUGUCUUUGCAGUGUAUCAUUAGAAGAGGUUAGAGGGAAAUGUGGACAUUAGUUUCUAUUUGUUCCAACUGCUAGCUUGGACAUAGUAAUAAAGUAAGUCUCUCUUAACAAUGAUCUUCGAUCAACUUUACUACAAACAUUUAAUAUUUUGAUUUAAGGUGCUAAUUGCAAAUGUUAAUUAAUAAAUAAUUUGUUUUAUUAAAUAAUGGGCCUGCCUUUAAAAAAUGGCUUUAGGGGAGCUAUCUGUUUUUGUUUUGAUUUGGGGAGCUACCUCCCUUUUAGACGUUUUUCUUACUAAAGGAAUUCUCAAUAAAACACAAUGCUAGAAAUAGUUAUUUUCAAAUAAUUUUGAAAAUAUUUGAAUAAAGUUGAAAUGGAUUGAACUUUUUUUUACAUUGGAUCAUUUUAUCUAAUCUAUUGUUUUAUAUAGUAAAAUUGAGUUAUGAAUAGCUUAUUUGUCAUUCUCUUUAGAGGUUUCCUUGCCCCUUUAUUCGUAUAGAUCAAUUAUUAUAGUCCUAAUAUUUAUUUGGAGUCUAUAUUAAGUGUGAGAUACUUUGAAGUAGUACUAAGAUAUCCUUUUCCAAUAAAUAAACUUGCUAUUUUUAGCAUGUUCAGCCCAAUGUGACACUUAGGCUGUCCAAUUUUUCUUAUUGGGUCCAAAUUAAUGGCGUAUGAGCUCUCAUUUAUUUUAGGAAAAAAUACAGAAAAGUUACUUGUGGUUGGGCCCGUUUUCAGACAGGGUCAUGUGUUUCAUUAUUUAUCAAAGUAGUUCAUGUGUUUGAAUUCCGUUAUCACAAGAGGGUCACGCCGUUAAAAACGUCUGAAAAAGACCAUUAAAAAUUACUUCGAUUUUCAAAAGUGCCCGAAAAAUUAAAAGAAAAAUACUAAAAGGUGCGCCUCGUCAAGAUGACCUCCAAACAACCUCUGCCUUUGGAUUUUCCAGAUCUGUUUGAAUUAGUUUUAAAAAAUGAUUUUGCUAAUAUCACUUUUCCAAAGGACUUUCCGGUGACAAGGGUGGCUGAAAACAAAAAAGAAAGAUGGUCUAAUGGUCGACUUAUUGAGGCGCACCUUCCGGUAUUUUUCUUUUAAUUUUUUGGGCACUUUUGAAAAUUGGAGUUACUUUUAACGGUCUUUUUCAGACGUUUUUAACGGCGUGACCCUCUUGUGAUAACGUAAUUCAAACACAUGAACCACUUUGAUAAAGAAUGAAACACAUGACCUUAUCAGAAAACGGGUUCAGCCACAAGCACCUUUUCCGUACUUUUCUCUUUAUUUUAUGUUGGGCUGCUGUAACUAAGUAUAUGGUCCAAUUAAGUAUUUGGUAGUCCAUCUUUAUCGUACGGGUUCAAUUUAUAUUUUUGAUUAAUCAUUUAUCAAUUAAAGCCAUAAUCAUUUAACACAUGCUUAAUAGUAGAGAGUUCAAGUACAUGGAAUUAGACUGUCAACGGGUCGGGUACGUGCCGGAACAUAGUAUCUCAGACCCGGACCCGUUAUCCUGUAUAGGGUUCCAGACCCGACCCAUGUACCCGGCGGGUCUAGAACUAAUGUUUCCGACCCAUACCCAUUGGGUCUCAGAAAUCCAAUUCUAAUUUCUUAAAUAAAAAACAUGACCUCUUACUACCGAGUACUUUUCUGGCAACAAUAUGGCACAUGAAUUGUAAUUACUUGUCUAUAAUUACUCAAUCAAAUGCAACAAUUGUGAGUUGGUUUAUAAUUUGCAAGAUACGUAAUGUUAGAAUAAAGAGUAAAAUAAAUGGCUUUGGAAACUGAACUGACUUUUUCUUGAAUCCUCUGCGGUCUGCGGACUGUAGGAUCUCUAGGGAUCCUUCUUCGGAUUCAUUAAACUAAAUCGUAAUGUGGGCGACAACUAAUGUAAUAUGUAUAUUAGAUUAAUGUAUAUAUAUAAAUAAAUAUUAACGGGUCGGAUCCUAAACGGGUCGGAACUACAUAUACCAUACCCGACCCAUUAAAUAACGAGUCCGGAUCCGGGUCCGGGUAACGGAAUUAAAUGUAGACCCAUACCCGUUAAAAAAAGACGGAUCCGGGUCGGGUUUGGAUCUGGACCUGACUCAUUAACAGGCCUACAUGGAAUGAAUUUUAAAACCAAGUUUCAACUAUAUACACCAGGGUGUGUGUCACACAUUGACUAUCUAUUGUUUUAUACUAGUAGAACACCCGUGAUUAUCACCAUUAUGGUAUUAAAGUAGUGAAUUUAUUAUGGUGAAUUUUUCACAUGUUUAUUCAUUUUUAGUCAAAUCAGGAAUAAAGAAUAAACGUGUAAUUCUAAAUGAAUCAUUUAGAAUAAAAGAAUUAACAGUUUAAAAUUACAGUCCCUACAAUAAUGAAUUUUGAUAUGUGAUGCUAUACAUUAAAUUCGAUAGACACUGAUUACACGCAAUAUAAAUAUAAUUUGAAAACACAUUAAACUUGUUGUUAAAUGUUAUGAAGCACUUCUUUAUAGGCAGGGGCGGAGCCAGAGCACUGGGCGGACUGGACCGGCACAAAGAAUAUUUUUAGAAAAAAAUUUAGACGAAAUUUUUUAUCUUAAAAAUUAAGCCAUUUUUAAAAUUUGGGGUGGGCCAUGGCCUAGGUUGGCCCACCCCUAGCUCCGCCCAUGUUUAUAGGCAACAAUCUCGAACAAAUACAUUGACUAUUAUUUAUACGAAUUACAUUUUUAAAAAGAGUUGCCUUUGUAAACUUGCAAAGCACGGAGGCAUUAUGGUAUUAAAGUAGUAAUUGGGAUUAUAUAUUCGCCACACGAUUCACAACCGAUAGAUCUCACAUAUUUAAAAACAUAUGUUGAUAAAGUAGGCUUGCUUUAUUAGCAGGCUUGCUUGGAUAUGUGAGUAUUCAUUGAGCUUUGGGAAAAGGAAGUUCACAAAAGGAAGGAGUUGUUUGCGUAGACUACAUAAAAAUGGUCUUUUUUUAAGGUAUUAAGUCACGUAACAAUCUAUUUGUGGAUAUUUUUUUGUUUUCAGGUUACCAGUGCUAAAGAACAUGCCCCUGUUGAAAGGAAAAUGUGUUCCGGCCAACUAGAAGAACUAUGGAACAAUCGCUAUCUAGACUAGUUUCAAAUUAUUGAAGUUUAUUGUUUUGUCUACUCCGUCUUUGAUACAUUAUUUUAGCAUACUUUCAUUUAUUUUAACUUGUGAUUUGUUCAUUUGAGUUGUGAUUUUUUAUGAUUUCGGGGGUAUGCCCCCAUGAAUAAUGUACAAUCACAUUUCUGUGAGAAUUUGAUAUAUAAAUAAAAGUGUUUGAAAAUUUAGUUAUUCA